GGGGUAGAUCUGCUCAUGAGGACUGAACCUGUUACGUUUUUAUGUGAGCGCAAGAUCAGAGGAAGCAUGAAGCUACUUCUGCUUAGUCUGCUUUGCAUUAUAAUAGUCAGAGCUCAAGACAGUAACUUGGAUAUUAGAGGACAUCGACCUUAUGAUUCUCCCAGAGAGCCACGUCCAACUUACAGACCUCCACCUGCCCCUGUAGAUUCAGGUGUAGUAUACCGAGCACGCCCUACUUCUCCUCCAAGGGCAGGACAACUGGCACGAAGAGUUGUCAUACAAGAUGAAGGUGGAUGCAGGCAUUUUGAAGAGGAACUGGGAGUUAUGUGCCCAACAGGUUGUCAGCUGCAAACAGCCAUAGUGAAGCAGGAAGGUGAUGUCCGAAGGGCGGUCAAUGACCUCAACAUUAAUGUGAACAACCUGGCUCAGUCUUCCAACAUCAUCUACAGACAUGUGUCAUCUAUGGAAAGUUCACUAAAGGACAGAGAAAAGGCUUCUGAAAAUAACAAAAAUGUAAUUACUGAAUAUACGACAGAACUGGAGGAGCAACAUAGUUUCAUCAAGGAAAAUGUCGACAACAAUAUUCCUUCUAGCAUCCGACUCCUUCGUGCAGCUUUGGACUCAGUAAGGGCGAAAAUACAAAGCUUAGAAAGUGCUAUUACAACUCAGAAGGAAUACUGCCAUAAUCCAUGCACUGUGACAUGUAACAUUCCAGUGGUAUCUGGCAAAGAAUGUGAGGACAUCAUCAGAAGGGGAGGUGAUGUUUCUCAGAUGUAUCUGAUCAGUCCAGAUCCAUUCUUCAAACCCUACAAAGUAUACUGUGACAUGACCACAGAAAAAGGAGGAUGGACAACGAUACAGAACAGACAAGAUGGCAGCAUUGACUUUGGCAGAAGAUGGGAUGAUUACAGAUCUGGUUUUGGAAAUAUUGCAUUGCCUGGCAGCAAGAAGUUCUGUGAAGUCCCAGGUGAAUAUUGGCUUGGAAAUGACAAAAUCAGCCAGCUAACUAAAUUAGGACCCACUGAGCUGUUGAUCGAAAUGGAAGACUGGGAGGGAAAGAAGGCAACAGCUAUUUAUAAUCGGUUUACUAUACAGAAUGAACAAAGCAAUUAUCGUCUGUCAUUGUCUGGCUACAGGGGUACUGCUGGCAAUGCACUAAUAGAUGGAGCUUCACAGUUGUUUGGAGAGAACCGCACCAUGACAAUUCACAACGACAUGAUGUUCAGCACCUAUGAUAGAGAUAAUGAUGGAUGGUUCUCAAUAGACCCACAAAAACAGUGUGCUAAAGAGGAUGGUGGUGGCUGGUGGUACAACCGUUGUCAUUCAGCCAAUCCAAAUGGAAGAUAUUACUGGGGUGGAGCAUACUCAAAGGACAUGACACUACACGGCACAGAUGAUGGCGUUGUAUGGAUGAACUUGAAGGGGUCAUGGUAUUCCUUGAAGAGAAUAUCUAUGAAAAUUCGUGCAGUCUUUGGGCAAAGUAAAUAAAAUGUUGUUAAAAAGGAAAACUAAACAAAUUAAUGCAGAAAAUACAGAAGCAGUUUACCCUGUCAUGUGACUUUUUGUUUCGUUUUUUGUAAUAAACUCAUUAUAAUUAUAAGGUUA